UUCCAGAUGAAUAAUUCACAAUUUGAUGGAAAUAUAUCCAUAAGUACAGUGGGAAGUUCGCGUUCCACGCAAGAAAUUGAUGGUACACUGAGCACAACACAGUAUUACUUCCUGCAUGACGAUUUCUUUCUGGUGAAAGUUACCCAAGCACUUUUCGAAGAUUUCCAAGCGAAAUGCAUAGAUUCAGAGAAUGUUAACGAGUCUUCCGAUUUAGUUGCUUUGUUUUAUGAAAUAUGUGGUGAUGGGAUAGCAGCUUUUCAAAAAGUAUCAAUGAGACCGGAGAAAACGGCGACUUUAACAUCUGUUUUGCAGCAGCUCUUAAACGAGCAGCAAACCUAUCUUUUGUUGUUAAAUCUUGCCAAGAUGAAUCGGAUGUUAUAUGAUCUAAAGAAUUUGGAGAAGCGAUCUAUUCUUGCUGAUCUAUUAGUCACUGAUGUAGAAUUCAGAAAGCUACUGGUACUUUUGGAAUGGUGUGAAGAGAAUGCCUACAAUGAACCUGAGGCAAAUGCUGAAUUGUCGAAUGAAUAUGCAUAUCUCGAGAAGAAUUGCAUGCUACGAGCAGAAACAUUACAUGCUCGAAUUCGUGGUGAAAACCUUUGUGAUCUGGAUUUAGACGGCGCGCUCCAUGGACGCUUACACAAUAAAGAUGAAGAAUUAGAAAGCAGAGUAUUCAGCGUAAUUUACACAAUGGUGCGAUGUGGUCGAAUUGAUGAGGCAUCUUCAUUGUUGGAAAAAGCUGGUCUUUUUUCUUUAGUACCUUUGCUACAACUAAGGAAAAUGUCGCGCAAUGCUGCUUUAACACCAUUUUCUACAGAUGAAGCAUCUUAUUAUUUGGCCCGAUCUCGUGCCUUCGUUAAGCGGACUAUUGAUAAGAUCGUUUCUAAAGGCACAUCGUUGUCGCAGGUAGAAGCCUGUCUGUGGUCAGUAGUAGCUGGACGUCUCGAACCUGCAUUAUCUUUAUCGCCUCGUACUGAAGAUCGUCUUUGGUGUUAUCUUAAUGCAGCUGUUGAAUCUCGUUUGGAUGCUGCAAUCACCACCGCUCAUAAUGGCGAUUUUGAUGUUGGUAUUGGUCGUGAGGUUGAAAAUGACGAUCUUCGAAUUAAUUCUAUCUUCGAUGAAAUUGCUACGCUUGAACGAUCCCCAUAUUACACUAUUUAUCGGCACAUAGUGAACGAUGAUUCCUUAUCACUGAUUGCAUCCAUGGAUAUGUGGCUGGAACAACAUGAGGAUGAUUUAGAAAGAUUUCCUCAUAUCAUACGUUUUAUGGCUCAUCUUGUUUUACUUCUUCGAUUCACUGGUCAACCAGUGCAGGAAGAAAGUGCCAAUUCAAUCAUGCGCAGUUAUGUUCGUUUAUUGAUCUCAUUAAAGUUAUAUCCGAUUGUUCCGUAUUAUGCUAGCAAGUUACCAUUGGACUUGGCUGAGGAGAUGGUUGUUGAGUUCAUGUGCAAAUUAGAAGAUGAGAACGUACGGAAGGAUGUUCUUGCUGCUGCUUGUGUUGCAAAAAUGGAUGGAGUUCGUCUGUGCAAACAGAUCUUUGAUUCUAUAAUUGCUCGAUAUCCAGUAGUUGAAGAGGAAUCUGAAAGAGAUGAUGUGUUAAUUAAUGCAUGGAAUUGGUUAAUAUAUCCGGGUAGUGAUACGUAUUAUGAUGCUCUGUUAGGCAUGAAUGAAAUAAUGCGUGAAUUUUUUUAUGUUGAUAAAUUGGACAAAGCAAAGAAACUUGCGCAACGGUCAAAAAAAUUGGUUAACAAAAUAUUGGAAUCAUUUUCUCAUGUUAUCGAAACUAAUGAUACGGUUGAGCCGAAGCUUUUAAGAGCAACUAGUGAAUAUAGAGCGUAUGAAUGCUACUUGAAUGCUUUGAUGAAAUUCAAUGAAUGGUUCAAGCAGUCUCAACGUUCAGUACCAUCAAUCCUGGAGAAUUCAGCAGAUGACGUGGGAACUUUAAUGGAUAUGCAACAAAGGAUAAUGUUUGAAGUGAUACAUCAGCGGGCAAAUGAACAAAUGCAAAGAUAUGAAAAUGCCUCAAAACAGAGCACCACUGCAGCGAUGGAAGCGCUCGAUCUUGUGCUACGCUUUCCACAUGGUUGGAUGACAUUUAAGGAAGUAGAGAGCGAAACAUUAAAUGAGGAAGAAACCAAGAAACUCGCUGAAAUAAGAUCUCGUUAUAUCACUGCAGUUGUUGUUAUGCUAGUCACUCUAUUUGAAAAAAGUGAUGUAAAUGGAUCUGCACAGUUGGUGGAGUUACUAGCUGAUGAGGAGUAUAUGUUGGCAGAAGUCAUACCGAAAGAACAGCUGCGGAUACUUAUAAAACAGCUUUCGGUGAACACUUACAAGAGUUUUUGA